ACGCAUUUUGGGGGUACCGGUAAGGAAGAUAGGGGGAGAUAGAGUCGACAAGAAAACGAAGAGAUCAACAGAGGGGAAGACUCCUUGGAGUGAAAAUGCUGCCAUCGCAAGAAGCUUCCAAGAUCUACCAUGACAACUACAUGCGGAACUCUCGGGCCAUCGGGGUCCUGUGGGCAAUAUUCACCAUCUGCUUCGCCAUCAUCAACGUGGUGGUGUUCAUCCAGCCCUACUGGAUUGGAGACAGCGUGAACACGCCGCACGCCGGGUACUUCGGCUUGUUCCACUACUGCGUUGGUGAAGGAACCUCCAACCGGGAGUUCAUAUGUUAUGGGACCUUCUCCGACUUCAGCUCCAUCCCCUCUGUUGCCUUCAAAGCAGCCUCCUUCUUCGUGCUGAUGUCCAUGGUGCUCAUCCUGAGCUGCAUCGCCUGCAUGAUGCUUUUCUUUUUCUGCAACACCGCUACAGUCUACAAGACGUGCGCCUGGAUGCAACUGCUUUGCGCGGUCUGCUUGGUGCUGGGCUGUAUGAUAUUCCCAGAUGGCUGGGAUGCGGAGGUGAUUCGCGACAUGUGCGGAGAGUACUCCGGGAAGUACACCCUGGGGAACUGCUCCGUGCGCUGGGCCUACAUCUUGGCCAUCAUCGGCAUCCUGGACGCUCUCAUCCUCUCCUUCCUCGCCUUCGUCCUCGGAAACCGGCAGAGCGACUUCCUCCACGAGGAGGUCAAGGCUGACAACAAAGGUGAGGGGUCAGAUUUGAGAAAUAACUAGUUGUAAGAACCCAUCACAGACAGAUACAUUUUAACUAAAGUGUUCUGUGCCUUUUGGGGGAAGUUUUUUAAGUGGUUAAAAAAUCGUAUUAUGUAUAGUUCUUCCUAAUAAAUGUCUACACACGAGACACAAAAUAAUAUGGACAUUUGCAAAAUACCUCCUUAAGUUUAAUGGAAGGGACCAGAAAAGCUAAAAAGAGUGGGCAAUUAAAGCUUAGGCAUCUAGACAGUGACAGUAACUGAUACUGGUAGCAUAGCCAUCUUGAACUUCUUGAACCAGCUUUCAUAAUGCAGUUGUUGAUAAUCCAGAAAGCCAACAUUAGCUGCAGGAAAUCAUACCCAGAAAGACACAGUGCGAACAAAAAACUCCAGUCAGGCUUACAAGAUGCUUGCAGCUAUUUUAGAUUUUUGAUCUGAUUAGAUUUAUUGAAAAUCAGGCCUAUAUUGGGGCAAUUGCUCAUCUUGGAAAGCCACUAAUGGCAGUUGAAUUGAAAGCAAACAACUGGCUAAUUAUCCUGCAGUGGCAACCAAAGGCACCACAUUAGAACUGAAGCUAAUUGUUACAGACACUAGUUGGAUUUAGCGACACUGCCAUGGAUUAAUCAGCAUGUUAGACGAUGGUGAUAGGUUUUUGAAUGAAAUUAUAGUUCGGGAUAAGCCCCCCAUUUACGGGCUUCAUUGCCCGCGGGGACACAGGUUCAAGUCUGGCCUGAUGUCGUUUUCCGGUCCUCUCCCCACCUCUUCUCCGCCUCGCUUCCUGUUAUACAACUUCACUGUCCUGUCCAAAAAAAGGCAUAAAAAUCCCCAAAUAAAUCUUAAUUUUUUUUUUUAUUAUAGUUCGUCAUAUAUAGAAUAAAAGAUCCAAAAUGCUCCACCAAAAUGCACUCCUAACCUCAGAGUUAAUGAUCCUCACACUACUCCUCAGUUUCAGUCCCACCAUUUCCAGCCCAUUCAAAACAGCUGUUGGCCCGACUACAACAUCUGGAUCUCUCCGGCAUGCAGUCACUUGAACCACCGCUGUCCCUCGUCGAGUGGUACCAUUGCGAUGACAAGGACGGUGAUGGCGGUGAUGACAUAGAUUAUGGCAGAGGACGGUGUUUCUUGUGACAGCAUCAGAGAGAGACUCGUGUUUCAUGAAUAUUUUAUCUCGGGGCCUGGCGACUCCCAGUCUUCGUAUUCCACGCUUGUGGCGGUGUCAGGCAUGUUUCAUCAUCUCCCCUGUCCCCUGUCAUCUUCAUGAUGCACCUUUUGUUGCAA